GAGCAUUGCCGAGAGGGGAUGAGCCUGGAAUCGCGUGAACAACAGUUUGAGGCUAGCCAGUUGAAACAGCAAAAACUACCAAAAGCCUUAUGAAGCGGCUCCGCGGGGAUAAAUAUGGGGGUCAUCCCCAAAAGAAGCGUUCUUCUGAUAAAGUCAUUCGCACCACAGCAGUACAGAUUUCAGAAGAAAGUGGAGAGGCUACCAUCCUCAGUCGUCAAACGUUGGCUCAAAAGCGACCUCUGCAAAGCUUGAGUGACAUGACGGGUGGCCCUGGGGAAAGCGCUAAUGAUGUCAAGAGACCAAAGCUGCUGCCCUCAGCAAAUGCUGCUGGCCAGGAAGCCGACGAUGAGGGUUCAGAUGACAGCGAUUUUGAGGGAGUUGAGAGUGAUAAUGAUGUCAGUGAUGAUACCAGUAGUGAUGAUGGUGAAGAUGACGAUGAUGAUGAAAUUGGCAGUGAUUCCUCAAGAAGCAACAAUGAAGACUCAGAUUCAGAGGACACAGCAAGCAAUCCCCUUUCAAAGCCUGAAUUGACAAAAGAAUUAUCUUCAAUGUCGUUUGAGGAACUGCUGAAAUUAAGAAACAAGGUUGGAACCAAGGCUUAUCAGCGGAUGGCUAUUGAGAAGACAGCAAAAAAACCCACGAAACCGAAGGAGAGGCAAUCUUCAAAUAAACACAGGCCGUUGGAAAUAUCAGCCAAGAAGCCGGUCCCCUUUCUGCGGCAAGUGGUGCCUGUUAAAAAGAAGGUACCUCGAGAUCCGCGUUUUGAUGACCUCUCUGGGGAGUAUAACCCUGAGGUGUUCGAAAAGACCUAUGCUUUCUUGAACGACCUCAAAAAGAAGGAAAAGGAGGUAGUUCAGAAGCAGCUGAAAAAAUGUCGGAACGUGGAACAGCAAAACAAGCUGCAACAGCUCCUGAAACGUAUGACUCAGCAGGAGGAUGCUCAGAAGAAACGCCAGAAGGAGCGAGAAAAGGACCUUGUCUUGAAGGAAGAGCAGAGGGAGCUGGCCAAGCAAGGGAAGAAGCCCUUCUAUCUAAAGAAAUCUGAUAAGCAGAAAUUGGAACUAGCUGAGAAGUACAAGGAGCUAAAGAAGAAUGGGAAGCUGGAGAGUUUCCUGAGCAAGAAGAGGAAACGGAACGCUGCUAAGGACAGAAGGAAACUGCCUUCCAGGAAGCAUGUGUAAUUUUCCUGC